UCACUAAGAGAGUGUAUAGAGAGAAGAGUACUCAGAACAGAGGCUUCCCAAUACAUCCACAAUUAGGGGGUGGUAUAUGGAUGAUGAUCCAGCAAAGGAACGGUGAGACAGGUAGGAGGAGAGCCAAGAGAGAGCAGUAUCACAAAAAUUUAGAGAGGAGAGGGUAUCCAAGAGAAAAAAGUAGUCAACAGUGCCAAAUGCUCCAGAGAGGUCAUGAAGGAUGAGGAUUGAAAAAAAGCCAUUGGUUUUGGCAAUUAAUUCUCCCCUUGGCCACAGUUGUAAAAGAUAGAGCAUAAAUUAAAGAGAAUAUAAUUCAAAAGAAGGAAGACCAAAUCAAGAUGUGUAGCUCUGUUGCUGCCAGAUUGUGGUUCUUGACAGAUCGUCGAAUCAGAGAAGACUACCCACAGCAGGAGAUAUUACGAGCUCUAAAGGCCAAAUGUUGUGAGGAAGAGCUAGACUUCAGAGCUGUGGUGAUGGAUGAAGUUGUAUUAACAGUCGAGCAAGGGAAUUUGGGUCUCCGAAUCAAUGGGGAGUUGAUUACUGCCUAUCCUCAGGUGGUGGUAGUAAGAGUACCAACACCUUGGGUACAGAGUGAUAGUGAUAUCACUGUCUUACGUCACCUGGAGAAGAUGGGAUGCCGGCUGAUGAACCGGCCUCAAGCAAUCCUGAAUUGUGUCAAUAAGUUCUGGACUUUCCAAGAGCUAGCUGGCCAUGGUGUUCCUCUUCCAGAUACCUUCUCUUAUGGUGGUCAUGAAAAUUUUGCUAAAAUGAUUGAUGAAGCAGAAGUAUUGGAAUUCCCAAUGGUCGUGAAGAAUACACGGGGUCAUAGAGGUAAAGCUGUUUUCCUGGCUCGAGAUAAGCAUCACUUGGCUGAUCUAAGCCAUCUUAUUCGCCAUGAAGCUCCAUACCUAUUCCAGAAGUAUAUAAAGGAAUCCCAUGGCCGGGAUGUACGUGUCAUUGUGGUGGGAGGCCGUGUAGUAGGCACUAUGCUGCGCUGUUCAACUGAUGGAAGAAUGCAAAGCAACUGCUCGCUAGGUGGUGUGGGAAUGAUGUGCUCUCUGAGUGAACAAGGAAAACAGCUUGCCAUCCAGGUGUCAAACAUCUUGGGGAUGGAUGUGUGUGGCAUUGACCUACUGAUGAAAGAUGACGGCUCGUUCUGCGUCUGCGAGGCCAAUGCAAAUGUAGGUUUCAUCGCCUUUGAUAAGGCUUGUAAUCUAGACGUAGCUGGUAUGAUAGCGGACUAUGCCACCUCCCUUCUGCCCCCUGGCCGGCUCACACGGCGCAUGUCCCUGCUCUCCGUGGUGUCCACGGCCAGCGAGACUAGUGAGCCAGAGCUGGGCCCCCCAGCCAGCACUGCUGUCGACAACAUGAGCGCAAGCUCCAGCUCUGUCGACAGCGACCCUGAAACCACGGAGAGGGAGCUACUCACCAAGCUCCCAGGGGGCCUGUUCAACAUGAACCAGCUGCUAGCCAAUGAAAUCAAACUCCUGGUGGAGUGACUCCACCUGUAAAUAAUUAACGAACAAAGCCCUUGUAAAUCUUUCUCUCUCUCUCUUUUUUUUUCCUUUUUUUCCUUCCUUUUUUGAAACCAACUUGCAAUGCUGUUUAUGAGAGAAGCUCAGGGAGCUGGAGGGGAAACUGAGCCAGGUUAGAUAAGAGAACAAAGAGAGAAAAGGAAAAACUUAUGUUUUUCCGUCACUGCUAUCCUCCAUUUUUUAAUACUGCAGAACCAUUAAAUGGAAUUUUACUACAUGAAUUAACAAGGCAGAAAAGUGGAUAUAAGGUCUAUAGGCUCAAGUAGAUAAUUCUUUCACAGUUACUACUUUUAAAAUAAUCUUCAAAAUGAAUGUACUUUAGGGCCAGAAAAAAAGGGAUGUAAAAUUCUUGCACGAUCCCUUAUAUCUUUUGCAUUUGGAAAGUCAGUAUUUUAUUGAAGAUCGUAGUUCCCCUCUCAAGAUCAUUUAUUAGAAAUAGGUCAGAGAAAACAUCUAAAAUUAAAGAAACGUUUUAAUAUACAAAACUAAAUUUCUGCCAUUUCUGUAUCUAACUCUAUGUCCAGAUGUCUUUACAAAUCUUCUAGAACCGUUUUAACAUGGAUGCUUCACAUUUUAUGGCUGCAUUUUGUUUUUCAUAUUAGAUGGGAGGGCAAGAUAGAUGUGAUCUGUGAAAACAUUUCUUAAUGACAGAAAUAGCAUGUUUGCAUAAUGGAAGAUAGAUGAACAGCGUUGCAAUGUUUGGUGUACAAAGUAACAUUUAAUCGAAUGUGGAAAAACUUACACUAGUUUAAAAAUAUGUGCAUUGCCUUGUAUUUGUUAGUGUUUUAGUCUUUUGGAAGAUAUAUACUAUGUUAAUGUUGCAUUUUUUUAAUACAUGCUAGUCCAAUAUUCCCUGCUCUAUGCCUGCAUCUUUAACAAUGGCCAAAGUGAAGAAAACACUACCUUUUGUUAACAAGACACUGAAUUGAC